GCCCCGCCCCGCGCGCGGAGCCGCCAUUGCGGGUUGUUUGUGCGGGCGCGCAGCGAGCGCGGGCGGGAGGCGGCGCCGCGCUCCGCCAUGUCCACCCCGGCGCGCCGCCGCCUGAUGCGCGACUUCAAGAGAUUGCAAGAAGACCCUCCUGUGGGUGUCAGUGGUGCACCAUCUGAGAAUAACAUAAUGCAAUGGAAUGCAGUUAUAUUUGGGCCAGAAGGGACACCUUUUGAAGAUGGUACUUUUAAACUAGUAAUAGAAUUUUCCGAAGAAUAUCCAAAUAAGCCUCCAACUGUUAGGUUUUUAUCAAAAAUGUUCCAUCCAAAUGUGUAUGCAGAUGGCAGCAUAUGUUUAGAUAUUCUUCAGAAUCGCUGGAGUCCAACGUAUGAUGUUUCAUCUAUUUUAACUUCAAUUCAGUCUCUGCUUGAUGAACCCAAUCCAAACAGUCCAGCAAACAGUCAGGCAGCACAACUUUACCAGGAGAACAAACGUGAAUAUGAGAAAAGAGUUUCAGCUAUUGUCGAACAAAGUUGGAAUGAUUCGUAACAGCUGCUGUGUUACUCUCCAUCCUCAUAAUCAUUAUGUACAAUUUAACUCUCAAUAGAAAGGCUACCAGAAAUUUCAAGUGCCACAGUUCUAUGAAUUUGCAUAAAAACUCAUUUGCAAACAAAAUUAAGCCCUCCAGUUUAGGGGAAGCUAAAAGCUUGUGUAUCUCAAUUAAUGUCCUUUUUAUUGCAUGGUAAGAACUAAGUUAUUGCUACAUAAAUUUGUAAUAUAUCCUGUUUGUAUUUUUUUUCCAAGUGUAUAAUGUUGGUGUGGAGUUUUCAUGACAGAAUAUACACAUUUUGUAAAUCUGUACUUUUUCAAAUAUUGAAUGCCUUAUUUUUGAAUUCUUUAGAUUUUUAAAUUGGAGAAAAGCACUUAAAAAGUUUUUAUAUAUGAAUAUUUCAUGUAAAACUGUUAAAUACAUAACCUUAGUGCAAGA